CCGUCAGCACGCAGCGUCCUCUUUUGACUGGGAGACUCUCCGCCUACCCCUGACAAACACAGUCACGUUUGUGUUGGCGCGUGAGCUCGUUUGUUUUUUCCCCCCCUGGAGGGCACGGGCUUUUUCGGCAUGAAGAUGACGGCUGUUUUCUCGGACUUCCAGCCAGGUUGGCCUCAUUGGCGCUACUUGUUUGCAACACUCUGUCUCGUCGUCACCGUCUACAAAAUAGCGGCUGUGGUCGUGAGGAGGAGGACGGUGCUUCAACACUUCGAGGCUUUCCCUGGACCCCCGGCACACUGGCUGUUUGGACACGUUCUCCAGUUUAAACAAGAUGGGACAGACUUGGAGAAGGUGGUGAAGUGGGGAGAGCAGUAUCCAUAUGCAUUCCCAAUGUGGUUCGGCCCCUCUGUCUGUAUUCUCAACAUUCACCAUCCCGAUUAUGUAAAAACUCUUCUUGCAUCAACAGAACCAAAAGAUGAUUUUGCAUAUAGCUUUAUAAAGUCUUGGAUUGGUAAUGGGUUACUGGUAUCAAGCGGUCAAAAAUGGUUUCGCCACAGAAGGCUCCUGACUCCAGGUUUCCAUUAUGAUGUUUUAAAACCAUAUGUGCAACUGAUGUCACAGUCUGCUAAAACCAUGCUGGACAAAUGGGAAAGUUAUGCAACCACCAAUGAGGUGUUUGAGCUGUUUGAACAUGUGAGCCUCAUGACUCUGGACAGCAUCAUGAAGUGUGCCUUCAGCUGCGACAGCAACUGUCAGACAGAGGGAGGUACAAAUAGGUACAUCCAGGCAGUGUAUGAGCUCAGUGACCUUAUAAACAUUCGAAUGAGGACGUUUCCAUAUCACAGUGAUCUCAUUUUCUACCUCAGCCCACAUGGUUUCCGACAUAGGAAAGCCUGCAAGGUGGCCCACAGUCAUACCAAGGAGGUUAUAAGAAAGAGAAAAGAAGCAUUGAAAGGAGAAACGGAGCAUGGGCGCCUACAAUCAAAGAGAUACUUGGAUUUUCUGGAUAUCCUUCUCUUUGCAAGAGAUGAGAAACAGCAGGGUCUAUCAGAUGAAGAUAUCCGAGCAGAGGUGGACACUUUCAUGUUUGAAGGGCAUGACACCACAGCCAGCGGCAUAUCUUUCAUCCUCUACUGUCUGGCCUGCCACCCAGAGCACCAGAAGAUCUGCAGGGAGGAGAUAAUUGAGGCCCUUAAUGGCAAGGACAACAUGGAAUGGGAGGAUCUCAGUAAAAUCCCUUACACCACAAUGUGCAUAAAGGAAUCGCUCCGUCUUUACCCGCCUGUGCCAGGAAUGUCCAGGAAGAUUUCGAAGCCCAUGACCUUUUUUGAUGGAAGGACUUUGCCAGCAGGUUUUCAAAUUGGAACGAGUGUGUUUGGGAUUCACCGAAAUCCUGUUGUCUGGGAGAACCCUGAGGUCUUCGACCCACUGCGUUUCCUGCCAGAAAAUGUGUCUAAAAGGUCGCCUCACGCCUUUGUGCCUUUCUCAGCUGGGCCAAGAAACUGUAUCGGUCAGAAUUUUGCAAUGAACGAGAUGAAGGUGGUGACAGCCCUGACGCUGCAGCGAUACCUGCUGAUGGAAGACUCCUCUUUCAAACCCAAGAUGAUUCCUAGACUGGUUCUGCGGUCUCUUAAUGGCAUCCACAUCAAGAUCAAACCGGCAGAGCUGUAGUUUUUAGAGGAAUACUAAGAGCUGCUAUAACCACCGUACUGAAUUAGGGAAUAAUUUAAGAUGAUUUCAGGUAACAUUUCAUGAAGUUUUUGACAUAAAAUCUAAUCACUACAAAUAAUAUGAUAUAUGUUUUAAGAAGAAAGUUAUAGUCUUUUUGCAGUGACGCUUUUCUAAGUGGUCAAUUUUGCACUUUGUUAAAAAAUUAGUUGCACUGUUUUUGAUAUGUUGACAUUUGCUUCAGUUUGUGAAAUAAAUCAAAAUGAGGAUUUCUUCACCCAUAUAUUAUUUUGUUGAAUAGAAAUGUUCAAAAAUCACAGCAGAUGAAAGAAAAGUAUUGUUUUGAUCCUUUGGUUUCAUUAAUGCAAUUUUAAUUUCCCUGGAAAAUAAUGCUGCAAUCUGCAUACAAAAUAAGAAGAGGCAUCAUAAAAAGAAGGACACUCUCUGGAUAUUUAUGCACAGUUAAAUAAAUUUGCAUCUGUGGUCUAAAGUCACCUCCUAAAAGUGUGGUUAGUCAUUCAAAGCACACUUGUCUCUUUGCACAUCGAGCUCUCAGGUAUGUUUAUCCAGGCCAGGGUAAGAUUGGAGAAAAAUAAUCAAUGAUCGAUGCUAACUGGAGGCAGAACUAGUUUAUGACUUGAAACCAAAGCGAAAAAACUAACAAAGAAAGAAACUGUAUUUCUCUGAGUGGU